AUGGCGAGCAGCGACAGCAACCACGCCGCGGAGAGCCCCUUCGGCUCCGACGGGGACGAGGAGGCGACCCGAAGGCCGGAGAGCGACGAGGAAGAGGAGGACGAGGAGGACGAGACGGCCGCCGAGUCGGAGGAGGAGCCGGACGCCAGAUUAUCAGACCAGGAUGAAGAGGGCAAGACCAAGCAGAAGUGUAUCAUAAAUGACCCCUCCUUUUCCAUGGUGACAGUUCAACGGGAAGAUAGUGGAAUAACCUGGGAGACCAAUUCAAGCAGGUCUUCUACUCCUUGGGCCUCGGAAGAAAGUCAGACUUCUGGUGUGUGUAGUCUGGAAGGGUCAACUAUGAAUUCUUCUCCAGGAAAUGUUUCCUUUAUUGUGGAUGAAGUUAAAAAGGUUCGGAAAAGAACACCUAGGUCAAAGCGUGGCUCACCAUCAUUGCGUCGGAAAGGCAACAAAAAGAGAAAUUCUUUUGAAUCUCAGGAUGUUCCAGCAAAUACAAAAGAUAAUCUUUUAAUUUCAGAAAGCCAGGUACUAAACAAUCAGAAAGAGAAGUCAUCUAGUGGCGUUCAUGAUAAAAUAAGAAAAAAGAAGACCACCUCAAACACACCUCCUAUUACUGGGGCAAUAUACAAAGAACACAAGCCCUUAGUGUUAAGGCCAGUUUACAUAGGAACAGUACAAUAUAAAAUUAAGAUGUUUAAUUCUGUUAAAGAAGAAUUAAUUCCUCUACAAUUUUAUGGAACAUUGCCAAAGGGUUAUGUAAUUAAAGAAAUACAUUAUAGGAGGGGGAAAGAUGCAUCCAUUAGUCUAGAGCCAGAUUUGAGCAAUCGUGAUUCUAACUUAGUUUCCAAAACAGGCAAAUUAGUAGCCCCAAGCAUAGAAGAUGAUAAAGUAACAGGGCUUGCUUCACCCUGGAGAGGUGUACUCUCCAAAAGAUCAGAGUCCUCGACCUCCUCAUUCAGUCAUGAAGAUGAAAAGAAAAUUUACGUUGAUUCUCCCCUAAAGGCCACAUCUGCCACCAAGCACACAGUUUCCUCUUAUGCAAGUAAUGACACAGCAGAACAAGAAACACAGCUCAGCCCUCCACAGUUAGUGCCACAACAACCAGGCGAUGAAACAAAACUCCGUGAAAUGGAGUCUUCCCCUCUUACACCUGAUACAUCUACAACUGGGUUCCUGGGAAGAGCAAAGGAAGAAUUUGAGCCUGAAUCACAAGAAAUUGUGACAUCAGAGCGUGACUCUUCAGUCUCACCACCUUCAGUGGGUGAGGUAAAGAAGGAAGAUGUGUAUUCUGCUGACCAUUCCAUUUCAUUGGAGGCAGAAAAAGUUUCGCGGAUAACAGGUUUACCAGGUCUGGCAGCAUCCAUCCAGGAGGAUUUUGGCCCAGAGACAGAAGGGGUGGACCUGACUUCAACAGAAAGGGCAGAACCAGUCUCUGAAAAAUGGAGCCCUCCUCAUCUUGAUGUCAAAGGAGUGGAGGAAGAAAAUGUGCCUGAGCCAUCCAUUUCUCUUUCUGAACCUCCAGUAUUAGAGGAAUCAAAGAAAGAAAUAGAAACUUCUCUACCAAUAGCUACUACCCCUGAGUCUGAAGAUUCUAAUUUAGUGGAAGAAGAGAUCAUAGAACUUGAAUACCCAGAAAGUCCAUCUAUUUCUGAGAAGCCCUUCCCAUCAUAUUUGGCCCCUGAAGUGGAGCGGAAAGAAGAGGAGAUCACUUUACCAUCACUGAAAACAUCAACACCUGAAUAUGUUGCUUCAUCUGAGGAAGAAAGAGAGGAAAAUGAGUCUGUUUCUACUGAUUCUGCUUUUGUAUCAGAAUAUUCAGUCCCACAGGAUUUGAACCAUGAACCAGAGAAGCAAGAAGUUGAGCCAGUUCCUCCAUCCACUGUGAAAGGUAUAUCUGAACAUGCAGUUUUUUCAGAAGAGGAGAAUGAGGAAUUUGAGCCUUUGGCCUCUGUGUCUGAACGCUCUCUCUCACCAUCCACAACUGAGAAGACUUCUGAAUGCCAGUCCCCACUGUUUUCAGCAGCUAUCUCAGAACAUGUGGUCCUGUCUGGAGAAGAGGCUUCAGAAAGUGGAUAUUACACACCAGAUUCCACAUCUGCUUCUGAAUAUUCAACUCCAUCACAGGCAACAAAAGAGUCACUGAAGAAAACAAUUGACCAUAAGCCCCCAUUAGAACCAACAGGUGUUUCUGAGCAUGUGAUUCUAUCAGAAGAGAAGGAAGAUACAGGACCAUAUUCCCCAGAUGUGGCCUCUGAAUAUGAAUACUCUCUCCCACCAUCCACAACUGAGCAGACUUCUGAAUGCCAGUCCCCACUGUUUUCAACUGCUACACUGGAACAGGCGGUCCUGUCAGAAGAGGACCUAGGAAGUGAGUGUUUCACACUGGAUUCAACAUUGAGUUCCCGAUAUGCAGUUCCAUCAAAUGCAAUGCAGGAAUCCCCAAAGAAAAUAAUUGAUGUUGUGUCCCCAUUAAAAUCAAGACAUGUUUCUGAGCACAUGAUUUUGUCAGAAGAAAAGGAAGACACUGGGCCAUAUUCCCCAGAUGUGGCCUCUGUAUCUGAACACUCUCUUCCACCAUCCACAACUGAGCAGACUUCUGAAUGCCAGUCCCCACCACUUUCAGCCACUCCAUCUGAACAUGUUGUCCUAUCAGAAGAGACAGUAGAAAUUGAGCGAUACACACCCUCUUCCACCUCAACUUCUGAAGUUUCAGUACCACCAUAUGCAACACCCGAAUCUCAGGGGGAAGAAAUUAUCCAGAUAUCCCCUUUAAAUCUAAAAGGGGUCUCCUCACCCACGAAUUUCUCAGAAGAAGAGCAAGAAGACAUUGGACCCUUUUCUCCAGACUCAGCAUUUGUGUCAGAAUUCUCAUUUUCACCCUAUGCAACUCAGGAAAUAGAGAAAAGAGAAUUUGAAUGCGAUUCUCCAAUAUGUUUAACAUCACCAUCUGAACAAACUAUUUUGUCAGAUGAAGACACUGAGGUUGAACUUUUCUCUCCAGACUCAGCAUCACAAGUUUCAAUUCCACCAUAUAGAAUCCCAGAAACAAAGAAAAAUGAAUUUGAGCAUGAUUCACUGGUAACUACAACAUCUGCCUCAGGAUACUCUUGCUUUUCAGAAGCGGGUGAGGAAGACAUUGCACCAACAGCUGCUACACCUGUACCUGAGCACCUCAGUUCAUCACAGAAGCAACAAGCCAAACCUUCCCCUUCACUGUCUGCACCUGAAGACUCGAGUUUGCCACCUUCAGCAAAUAAAAGAGAGAUCACAGAAGUUCAGCCAGAUGCUCAAACAAUCUCAAGACCUGUAUCUGAAUAUCUCAUUUUGGCACAGGAGCAGAUAACUCGAGCAUUUUUAGAACCUGACUCUGAGGACUUGAUUCCAUCAUAUUUAACCAGUGAAAUGGAUAAGGGAGAAAUUCAGACUAUUUCAUCAGUAGCUGCAAGACCAGUUUCUUUACCUGAACAAUCAUUUACGGUAAAGGAAGACACCAAGCCUGGUGUGUGUUCAUCUCAAUAUUCAGCUUCACCUGAUUCAGUUCAUGCACUUCAUGCACUUAAGGAGGAACAAGAACUCAAAGCUUCACUCACUCCAAAAGCUGCAAAUGAACAGAUGGCUUUGUUAAAAGUUAAAAGUAAGGAAGAAAUUGUGCCUGAUUCUCAAGAAGCUACAGCACAUGUAUCACGGGAUCAAGAAAUGGAGCCUCAGCCUCCAAAUGUUCUAGGGUCUGGGAUGAAAUAUUCAGUUCUUCCUGACUUGGUAGAUGAGCCAAAGAAGGAUGUGAAACCUAAUUUAGCUCCAACUGUGACAUCUGAACUAGAACAGAGAAUGUUGUCAGAGAACGAACCUGAAGUAAUAAAAUCAUAUUCACCUCUAAAGGACACAUCUUUAUCUGGACCUGAGAUUUUAUCAGCAGUGAAAACACAAGUGAAACAUGACUCUAAAAUAACUGAUACAUCUAGAGUGCUGCAUUCAGCUCCACCAGGAGUGCAAAAGGGAACUGAACAUGAACCACCUGCACCAGAAUUUCCGGAAGAAAUAAAGAAAGAAAUUGAACCUAGUUGUUCAUUAACCACAACAUCUGUAACUAAGCAUGACUCAGGCUUAACUAAGUUAACAAAAGAAGAAACCCCAACAGAUUUCUCUUUUACCACCCCUCUAGAACAUCCAGUCUUAACAAAAGUAGAAAAGAGUGAAUUAGGAAGUGAUUUGCCACCACUGGUGACGUCGACAGAUGAACAUCCACUUCUUAAAGAAGAAAAGGUAGCACUGAAAAUUAGUUCUUCUACUGAAACGGCUACAUCUGAACGUCCAGCUUGGUCAGAAGCAGAGAAAGAAAUUAAACUUGAUUCACCUGCAGGAAUAUCCUCUGUACCAGUGCAUUCUUUGUCCAAGGUAGAAACUGAAGAAGUUAAACCUGGGUUGCCAAUAACAAAAGCAUUGUCUUGUCAACAUUCAGAUGUAACUAAAGAAGAGAGGGUGGAAAAUGAACAAGGUGUUUCAUUUUCUACAGUCCUGGACUCUGAACAACUGGUUUUACCAGAGAAAAAGAAUUCUCUGUCUGCCUCAGAAGUGUCAGGGCCUGAACAUGUGCUUUUGCUCAACGAAGGUAGUGAGGUAAAGGAAAAAGAAACCAAACUUUUUUCCUCACAAAACAUGUCACCUGCACCCAAACAGACAGCCCCAGAAUGCCAAAAUGAGGAAAUAAAAAGUUCUCCUGCACUGGAAAAUUUAGCAUUAGAAGAUUUAACUCCAACCCUUGGAGAUGAUAAGAACAAAGAGGCAGAAGAGCCAUCUUCUACAGCGCGGGGAAAUUUCCCAUCAGAAAGACAAGAUCUUGUUCUGGCAGAGCUCUCUUUGGAAGCUGAAAAGAAAGACAAGCCAUACCAAGUAUCAGAAUUACUGAGCACUGGGUCAGAAGUCAUUCAUAGUUUAGGUGGGCAAGAUGGAUCCAUAGAUACAAAACACAUAAAAUCUCCCAUAACCGAAACAGGGGAUUCUGUCUUAGAAAAGAGCCUCACUGAACUUAGGAGUAGAGGAGAAGGAAAAGAAGAAAACAGGGAACGUCAUGUGUCAGCUACAGUCGACCCUGAAAUUCCAGAGGUUUCAUCAUACCUUAGGGAGGAACCACAGAUUCAAGAACUUAAAUCUUUCUCUCCCAAGGUAGUCAGCUUAGGAUCAAAGGAAGCAUUGGACCCUCUAGUUGAAGGAGACAGCCCCAAAGAGCUUCAGCCACUUUCUUUUUCUUUAAAACCAUCAUCAGAGAAAUUGAACCAUUCAGCCGACAUUAAAGAGGGAGAAAAACAGGAAAUAAACCCAUUACUGUCAACAGGAAAUUUGAAGACACAAGUGAUAGGACAUAUUGAAACAAAAUUAAAUGAACAAACAGACCAACCAAAUUCAUUCCGUGUGCCCCAGAGUAUAACAGAUCCAUCUAAGAUUGUUUCUUCUGACCUCCUUGUAGACAAAGAGAAGCCAGGAAAAGCACUUCAUUCAGAACAAGCUGUUAAAUUACCUGAUAUAAGCACAUCUUUUGCAGAUAAACAAGAUCUGGGAGUUAAACAAUUUUUAUUUCUGAAAGAGAAUUUGCCUUUGGAAGAAUCAAAAUCACUUACAACAAAUGAGCCUGAAGAUGUUAAAGAAACACAAGUGAAAGAGGCCCUUAUUUUUCCAAAGGAUAAAAGCUGGAUACUAGAAAAGCCAGAAAGGGAUCUGGCAAGUCAACAUGAAGAAAGAAUAUCAGGAUCUGUGCAGCUGGGUUCCUCUGGCAGUAAUGAUUUGAUGACAGGACAGCUUAAGGCUGUUGUGCCAGAUAAAGACCACACAUGUGAAACCAAAAAGCAGGUUCUGCCACAUUCUGCUGAAGUAUCUCCUGUAUCAUUACAAGAGCCAGUAUCUACUCUCAGUACCUUCAGUGGUGACAUAGAGACCUUAUCAACUAAGACUUACUCUUCGGAAGAAACAAAGCUGGCCCCCAAACCAAAAUCUUUAGUUCCAACUGGAAGUGUAGAGAGAAACGAAGCAGAGAGGAAGCAGAUCUUUUCUUUCAUGGGGAGUGAAAGUUUGACAGUGGAAAAAGCAAACGCAGAAUUGUCCAGGCCUUGCAAAGAAGGCAGCCAGGAAGAAAUCAACCUACCUUCCGAAAGAAUCCUUCAGAAAGGAGUGUCUGGCCCAUCAGUGGAACUGAUCAAAUCAGAAACUAUUCCCUCUCCCUCCAAAGCAGCCCCUUUCCUGGCAGAAGAUGCAGAAUCUGCAUUGGACAGCGAAAAAGAAGCGCACAGGAGUAUAUCUUCUUUACCUGGAGAGAAGUCAUUAGAAAAAGAAAAAACGAUUCAGUCAAAGGUUUUAGAUGUUAAUGAGAGAGGGAAACCAGCACCUGAAGUGAAAACACCCACACCAGUAAAACUCCUCUCUUCGAUCCAAGAAAAUGAAGAACCUCAAUCUGCAGAGCCAUCUGAGGCAACACAAAAAUUGCCUAAGCAGCCAAAGGCAGUUGAGCGAGGCCUUUCUGAGGAGAAGGGAAAGAAAGGAAUCUUAUCAUGGAUGUCCAGUUUGUUUUUUGGAUCAAGGACUCCAGAUGACAGAGUUGCUGAAAAAGAUUUAGAAACUCAGCCAAGUCCAUCUGUAGAAAAAGCAGUGCCUGCGACACUGAAGUCUGAAGGAGCAGCUCCAGCUGACUUUAAUGCAACCAAGACGCCAACUGAUCAUCUGUUACCAGAGACAAAACUUAAACCUGCUGAAAAAUCCAGAGGUACUUUAGUUAAAUCUGGUGAAAGCCAAGACUUUAAAGAAAAAACUACAUUUUUAUCAAAUGUAGAAGUUUUACAACAGCCCCAAUCCAACCUUGAGGUGUCUAGUGAAGAUUAUGGGGAAAAAGAAAUCCUAGCGUAUUCAGAAGAAUUGGAUUUAAACUCGGUAGUUACUUCUGCUGAUGGUGAGGAACGUCUUGAAAUUCAAUCUUAUUCUCCCAUGGGUGAAGAAGCACAAAAUGCUGUUCCUCUUCACGUCGCUGAUAGUAAAAGAGCCCAGAAGCCAGAAAUUUCUGCUCCAUCUAAAUGGAAUAUUUCUAUUCUUAAGGAAGAGCCAAGAAGUGAUCAAAAAGAAAAAUUAUGCUUUUCAUUUGAUGCAGUGGAUAAGGUGCCACAACAGCCAAAAUCAGCUUCAUCUAGCUUCACAAGUAAAAAUAUCAUGAAGGAAUCAGAGAAGCCAGAGACAAUAAUUUUGCCAGUAGAAGAAUCUGAACGCAGUUUAAUUGAUCUGGGUGAAGACAGACCGAAGAAAGAAAUGCAAAAACCUACUUCCUUGAAAAUUUAUGAAGAGGAAACGAAACUCAGGUCUGUUAGCCCAACUGAGGAGAAAGGUAACUUGGAAACCAGAUCACAUUCCUUGGCAGAAAAGGAGGUGCUGGCAGAAAAGCAAGAAACUAUGGCCCCGUUAGAAUUUAGAGAUAAUGAAAUGGGGAAGGCACAAAUUGCACGUGGAUCUAGCCCUAUUAAAUUGGAAGAAUCAAAAACCACAGCUGUGCUUCAGCAAGUCUCUCAAAAUGAAGACCACAAAGAAAGAUACACAAUUAUGGAGGAGGAGAAAGAUGAAAAACAAAAGCAGUCACAAGCAUUUUUAGAAGGAAGAAAGUGGCAGGAAAUUCAACCUUAUUCCUUGAAUGUAGCCAGGUUUAUGCCUGAAGAAUCAGAUAUCUCUUUAAGUCAUUCUUCAGGUGAAACUCAACCACUUUCAUUAGUUAAAACUCUAUCAGUUACUGAAAAAUCAGAAACUGUGUUCUUGGAGGCUCACCCAGAAAUCAGAGAAACAAGGGCAGUAGGAACUCAACCACAUCCAAAAGAAGAAAGUAAAGUUUUGGUGGAAAAAACAAAGACUUUCCUUCCAGUGGAUCUUUCUUAUCGUGAAGAAAUAGAUAAGCAGUCUGUACCUAAGGAAGGAAAUCUGAUAUUGGAAAAGUCAAGCAGGGAGGUGGCAAGUCACAGUGAAGAAAAGAAACAGGUUACAGUGCCAGAGCCAUCAAAAGGUGUUUCAAUAGAUAUCACAAAAGAAAGUAUGAAACAAGGAUCUCCAUCUAAAGAAUCUGAAAGGAUUUUAGAUCAUCCUUUUGAUGAAACCAUGAGCUUAGAAACCCCACCAUCUUUGUUGUCAUCUGCGAAAUCACAAACACUUGUUUCUAGAGCUUAUCCAGAAAUUGAUACAGUGAAGAAACAAGAAAUGCCAUGGUCAGAAUUGACUCCAGAUAGGCAUACAGUCCAUACUAUUCAAACAUCUAAAGAUCUAACAUCUGAAAGGACUAAACAAUCUGUUGUUGCUUCAAAUCACCACUUGGAGGCUGUGGAAGAUGCCCAUGUAAAUGAACCAAGCUCUUCAGUGAGCAGCAACUAUGCUCGAUUUAUAAAGGAUGCAUCAUCAAUUGAUGCUGAUAAAAUGGUUUCUUCUAGAGAAAUAUCCAAGGAACCUGAAGACACGUAUGUAAAAGAUGAAGAAUUUACAAUGACUAGCAAGCCAGCUGGACUUUCAGAAGAUCAAAAGAGUGCCUUCAGUAUUAUUUCUGAAGGCUGCGAGAUAUUGAAUAUUCAUGCUUCUGCAUUUAUUUCUUCUGUUGAUCAGGAAGAAAGUGAACAAAUGCAAGAUAAAUUAGAAUAUUUGAAAGAGAAUGCUUCAUUUAAAACAAUAUCUCUUCAUGACAAUAGUGAGGCAGUCUCUUGCCAUAAAACAUUAAAGAGUAAGUUAGAAGAUUCUGAUCAAGUUAUAUCAUUGCAAGAAAAUAAACAAAAGGCAUCUUUUAACACAGAAGGGGAGAUGCCCACCUAUUCAGAAACUGAUGAUUUCACCUUUAAUCAGCCCGCAGCUCCUAGUGAAGAAGAUUAUUUUGAAAAAUAUACAUUGAUUGAUUAUAACAUCUCCCCAGACCCAGAAAAACAGAAAGCUCCAUGGAAAUUAAAUGUUGAAGUGGAACUCUCAGAGCAGGUUACAGAAGAUACUGUCUCUUUCCCAGAAGGUUCAGAGGAAAGUGCCCUGGAACAUGAAUAUGACUUGCUGAAGUUAGAUGAAAGCUUCUAUGGGAUGGAAAAGGACGACAGCAAAUUAUCUCACCCAGAGACCCGGAAGCAUUUGGAUAUCCAGCAAUCAGCUGACAGAGAUGUUCCAAAGAGCAUAAAUAGAGAUGUGGACUUAAAGGCACCUGGGAUGCCAUUAUUUGGUGCAGAAGAAGGAGUUUUGUCACGAACCCAGAUAUUUCCUACCACCACUAAAGCCAUUAAUCCUGAACUUCUGGAGGAGCCACCUGCACUCGCAUUUUUAUACAAGGAUCUGUAUGAAGAAGCAGUUGGGGAGAGAAAGAAGGAAGGGGAGACAGCUUCUGAAGGUGACAGUGUGAAUUCUGAGGCAUCAUUUCCAAGCAGGAACUCUGACACUGAUGAUGGAACAGGAAUAUAUUUUGAGAAGUAUAUACUAAAAGAUGACAUUCUCCAUGACACAUCUGUAACUCAAAAGGACCAAGGCCAAGGUCUGGAAGAAAAAGCAGUUGGUAAGGAUGAUUCAUACCAACCAGUAGCUGCAGAAGGGGAAAUUUGGGGGAGGUUUGGAACUAUUUUGGGGGAGAAGAGUCUGGAAGAGGAACAGAAAGCUAUGUAUAGGGAAGGAGAAUCAGUAGGCUAUGUGGGGCCACUUGACAAUGAAGCUAUGCAUGGAAAAGUUCCCAUCACUGAAGAAGUCACAGUGGUUACCCAGAAGGUAAGCUAUGCGAUUCCAUUUGAAGACACCCAUCAUGUCCUGGAGAGAGUAGAUGAAACAAACAGUCAGAGUAAUGAAGCAGAAAAUGCAAGUCCAGAAGUCAGUCUGAAUGUCCCAGUACAGGUGUCCUUCCCAGAGGAAGAAUUUGCGUCUGGCGUAACUUGUGUUCAAGAAACACUGCAAGAAUCUAAAGUAAUAGUCCCGCCUGAGCCAAGUGAAGACAGGCUCCGCCAUAGCCCUGUUCAGGAUGAGUAUGAAUUUGCUGAAUCCCUGAAUUAUGAAAUGGUUGUUCAAGACACUUUAUCAGAGGAACUAUAUUCAGAAUCCACACCUGAAGAUGUGUUAUCUCAAGGAAAGGAAUCCUUCGAACACAUCAGUGAAAAUGAAUUUGUGAGUGAGGUAGAACAAAGUACGUCUGCUGAACAGAAGGAGUUGGGUAGGGAGAGGACAGAACAAGAACAAUUAUCAGAGUUAGCAACUGAGAAGGAACAAAAGGAACUGAAAAAGUCCCAGAUCGACACGUACUGUUACACUUGCAGAAGCCCGAUUUCUGCUGUUGACAAGAUGUUUGGUGCCCACAAAGACCACGAGGUUGCAACACUUGAUACAGCUAUAAGUGCUGUAAAGGUCCAAUUAGCAGAAUUUCUAGAUAAUUUACAAGAAAAGUCCCUGAGGAUUGAAGCCUUUGUUAGUGAGAUAGAAUCUUUUUUUAAUACCAUCGAGGAAAACUGUAGUAAAAAUGAGAAAAAGCUAGAAGAACAGAAUGAGGAGAUGAUGAAGAAAGUUUUAGCCCAGUAUGAUGAGAAAGCCCAGAGCUUUGAGGAAGUGAAGAAAAAGAAGAUGGAGUUCUUACAUGACCAGAUGGUCCACUUUCUGCAGAGCAUGGACACGGCCAAGGACACCCUGGAGAGCAUCGUGAGAGAAGCAGAGGAGCUCGACGAGACUGUUUUCCUGACUUCAUUUGAGGAAAUCAAUGAAAGGUUGCUGUCUGCAAUGGAGAACACAGCUUCUUUAGAGAAAAUGCCUGCUGCAUUUUCAUUGUUUGAACAUUAUGAUGACAGCUCAGCAAGAAGUGACCAGAUGUUAAAACAAGUGGCUGUUCCACAACCUCCUAGAUUAGAACCUCAGGAACCCAAUUCUGCCACUAGCACAACAAUUGCAGUUUAUUGGAGCAUGAACAAGGAAGACAUCAUUGACUCAUUCCAGGUUUACUGCAUGGAGGAACCACAAGAUGACCAAGAAGUGAACGACUUGGUGGAAGAAUACAGAUUGACAGUGAAAGAAAGCUACUGCAUUUUUGAAGAUCUGGAACCUGGCCGUUGCUAUCAAGUGUGGGUAAUGGCUGUGAACUUCACUGGAUGUAGUCUGCCAAGCGAAAGGGCAGUUUUUAGAACAGCACCCUCCACCCCUGUAAUCCGCGCCGAGGACUGUACUGUGUGUUGGAACACAGCCACCAUCCGAUGGCGGCCUGCCAACCUGGAGGCCACUGAGACCUACACUCUGGAGUACUGCAGACAGCACUCUCCCGAGGGUGAGGGCCUUAGAUCCUUCUCUGGAAUUAAAGGACUCCAGCUGAAAGUUAACCUCCAACCCAAUGACAAUUACUUUUUCUACGUGAGAGCCAUCAAUGCAUUUGGGGCAAGUGAGCAGAGUGAAGCUGCCCUCAUUUCCACCAGAGGAACCCGAUUUCUUCUGUUGCGAGAAACGGCUCAUCCUGCCCUGCAGAUUUCCUCAAAUGGGACAGUGAUCAGCUUCGCUGAGAGGAGACGGCUGACAGAAAUCCCCUCAGUGCUGGGUGAGGAGCUGCCUGCCUGUGGCCAGCAUUACUGGGAAACCACAGUCACAGACUGCCCAGCUUACCGACUUGGCAUCUGCUCCCGUUCAGCUGUGCAGGCUGGUACCCUGGGACAAGGGGAGACUUCGUGGUACAUGCACUGCUCUGAGCCACAGAGAUAUACAUUCUUCUACAGUGGCAUUGUGAGCGAUGUGCAUGUGACUGAGCAUCCUGCCAGGGUGGGCAUUCUGUUGGACUACAAUAACCAGAGGCUUCUCUUCAUUAAUGCUGAAAGUGGACAGUUGCUCUUCAUCAUCAGGCACAGGUUUAAUGAGGGUGUUCACCCUGCCUUUGCCCUGGAGAAACCUGGAAAAUGUACUUUGCACCUGGGGAUUGAGCCCCCAGAUUCUGCAAGGCACAAGUGA